AUGCGAAAAACAUAUCUCUUUGCCUCAGCAAUUGUGAUCACUGUUACUAUUGCAACUCCAUUUCAAUCGCCAUUCUCCAAUACGGGCAAGGAACUUGUAACAAUCCAGGGCAAUUUAGAUGUUACUGGUAACUUCACUUCUGACAAUAUUAAAUCCUCCGGCUGUAUCCAUUCCUCUGGCAAUAUUUAUUCUUCUGGCAACAUUAAUUCCUCUGGCAAUAUCCACUCCUCUGGCAAUAUUAGCUCCUUCGGCAAUAUUAGCUCCUUCGGCAAUAUCCACUCUUCUGGCAGUAUCAGUUCCUCAGAAAACAUUGAAUCCUAUGGCAGUAUCAUUUCCGCUGAUAAUAUUAUCUCUAGCGGCUACAUCUCGACUGAAAAAUAUGUUCAUGUUAAAAAAGAAUAUACUAUAGGAGAGAAUUGCCCUACGAACGGCCUAAUCGGAGUGGAUAAUACCGGACAUGCUGAGAGAGCAUUCCGCUUCCCAGCUGCCUUUGUUUCAUGUGAGCCUCAUGAGCGUGUGGUUGGUGGAGGAGGCGCAUGCCAACAGCCAGAUGGGUAUAUCUGGCUUAUAGCUUCAAAACCAGUUGAUAAUGGUUGGCUUAUUCAGUGUGAUGGGGGAAUGAAGCAACAGUGGGGUACUGCAAGUGUAUGGGCCAUUUGUUUCCACAGUGCAUAA